GUUUUUUCUGUCUCGAAAUGGGAUCAGUGAACAAUGUUUUGAUUUCUUUCAUUCUUCUUAUCACGUUUUCAAUAACAUACGGCGAAGAUUUGAAAAAACCAACGGUAUUAGUGUCGAUUUUAGUACGAAACAAAGCGCACACGUUGCCAUACUUUUUAACCUUUUUGGAAGGUCUGAAUUACCCGAAGAAACGAAUUCAUCUAUGCAUAUACAGUGACAACAACAUCGAUAAUUCCAUCGAAAUAUUGUCCGCAUGGGUGAAGAGUAAAAAUAACCAAUAUCACGGAAUCGAUACAGACUUCGACGAAAAAUCGGAUGGCAUUGAAAACGAGGAUGGAAUCGCUGAUUGGUCAACGCAAAGAUUUCUACACGUUAUAAAUCUACGUGAGAGGGGUCUCAACACCGGAAGAAAUAUCUGGGCAGAUUUUGUUCUGAUGCUCGAUGCGGACGUUUUCCUAACGAAUCCGGAUACUCUUGAAAAGUUGAUUUCAAAAAAUGAAACCGUAACCGCGCCAUUACUGAAAUCGGAUGGAAUGUACAGCAACUUUUGGGCCGGUAUGAACGCCGAUUAUUAUUAUCUUAGAACGGAGAAAUACCAUCGAAUCUUGUUCCGGGAAGAAACAGGAUGUUUCGACGUACCCAUGAUUCACAGCGCGGUUCUUGUAAAUUUGAGAAAACACACCUCGGAUCAAUUGACUUACGAUCCACGUAAUCUGAAGUGGUACGAUGGACCCAACGACGAUAUUAUAACAUUCGCUGUCGGUGCUAACAAAUCCGGUGUGCCGUUGUUUAUUUGUAACGAUGAGGUUUAUGGAUUUGUCACGGUUCCGUUAGAAAAAGGAGAAACGAUUACGGAAGAUUUAGAGCUUCUGACCAAUAUUAAGACAGAGAUAUUAACAAACAAUGAGUAUAUUCCAUUAUCAAAGGAUCUUGAACAGUACGUGGAGUAUCCUGUAGAGAAUACGUUAGGGGUUGAUAAUGUUUAUAUGAUCAAUCUUUUAAGAAGACCGGAAAGACGAAGCAGAAUGCAUCGGCUGUUCAAGGAACUUGGCAUUCGAGCGCAAACUGUUGACGCGGUUGAUGGUAGGACAUUAAAUCCAUCCAUUUUGAACGAUAUGGGUGUGGAAAUGAUGCCCGAAUACGCUGAUCCCUAUCACUCUAGACCAAUGACUAUGGGGGAAGUCGGCUGUUUCUUAAGUCAUUAUAUUAUUUGGAACGAGGUGAUCGAAGGUGGUUACGAAAACGUAAUAAUCUUAGAGGACGACGUUCGCUUCGAACCGUUCUUUCGACAAAAAGUAAAUUAUGUCUUAAACGAGCUGAGCAGUCUCCAAGUCGAAUGGGAUUUGGUGUAUUUAGGAAGAAAAAGGUUAGUGGAGAGUGCCGAGUCUCCGAUCGAUGGUUCAAAAUACUUGAUACGUGCCGCUUACAGUUAUUGGACAUUGGGAUACAUCUUGUCUAGAAACGGAGCAAAAAGACUUGUGGAGGCUAAGCCGCUUAAAAAAUUAAUACCUGUCGACGAAUAUCUCCCCAUAUUAUCUAACACGCACCCUAGAACGGAGUGGAAGGUGUACUAUCCAAAACGAAAUUUAAUAAUACUCUCCACAAAUCCUCUUUUAAUUCAUCCUACUCACUAUACCGGCGAACAAGGAUACAUCAGCGACACAGAAGAUUCCAAAAUUGUCGAUGACAACAUAAGUAAAUCGAAGGAACGGGAAGAGCUAUGAGUGCAAUGAGAAUUAUGUGCCCGCAAACACAUAUCAAAGCAACAGUAAAACGAAACAUGACACACUAGUCCAUUUAAUCAAACUGAAACAUUAAAGUUUCUGUUCUACGACAUACGCCACUGCCAUUUAAUAUAAGAAUAUAAUACCC